AUGGAUCUAGUCAACCACUUGAACGACAGAUUGCUGUUCGCCAUCCCAAAAAAGGGACGUCUUAAUGAAAAAGCUGUAUCCAUCUUGCAAGGAUCGGAUAUUCGUUUCCAUCGCUCUCAGCGUCUGGAUAUCGCCCUUUCCACCAACAUGCCAAUCGCUCUAAUUUUCUUGCCAGCGUCUGAUAUCCCAAUGUUUGUGGGCGAAGGUAAGUGUGACUUGGGAAUCACCGGUGUAGACGAAGUCAAAGAGUCAGAAGUCGACGUCAACUUGCCCAUAGACUUACAAUUUGGUGCUUGCAGAUUGCAGGUCCAGGUUCCUGCCAACGGGCCUUACAAGAAGCCAGAAGAGUUGAUCGGCAAAACGAUAGUUUCAAGCUUUACCAAUUUGACCAAGAAAUACUUCGCAGAACUCGAGGGCGUUUCUGUUGACCAAAUCUCCACAAAGGUCAAGUACGUGGGUGGAUCCGUGGAAGCGUCGUGCGCGCUUGGAAUCGCCGAUGCCAUUGUCGAUUUGGUCGAAUCAGGAGAAACCAUGCGUGCUGCGGGCUUAAUAGACAUUGCCACCGUCUUGGAGACAAGUGCCCAUUUGAUAGAGUCCAAAAACCCCAGAGGCGACCCCGAAUUGUUGCAAACCAUCAAGUCGAGAAUCGAAGGUGUCAUGACCGCCCACAAAUACGUUUCUUGUCAAUACAACGUUCCUACGUCGUGUCUUCCAGAAGUGCUAAAGAUCACUCCCGGCAGAAGAGCUCCUACGAUUUCCCAGAUCGACGAUGCUGGCUGGGUGGCCGUUUCUGCCAUGAUUGACAGAAAGCAAAAGGGUACGGUCAUGGACGAGCUCAAGAAAAAGGGUGCUGCCGACAUUAUGGUUUUUGAGAUUUCCAACUGCCGUGUCUAA